AUGUCCACAGAAGCCAGCCAACCAGUAGCUGCUCCAGCCGCCGCUGCAGCCCAAAAUGCUAAACAGGGCAAGAAAUCCAAGAAACAAGAGUCUCAGUUCCUCUUGAAGACCCCAAAGGGUACCAAGGAUUGGUCCGAUAAGGAUAUGGUUUUGAGAGAGGUGAUCUUCAGCACUUUAGGCAACCUUUUCAAGAAGCACGGUGGUGUCACCAUCGACACUCCAGUGUUUGAGCUCAGAGAGAUUCUUACCGGUAAGUACGGUGAGGACUCCAAAUUGAUCUACAACUUGGAAGACCAGGGUGGUGAAUUGACCUCCUUGAGAUACGACUUGACUGUGCCAUUUGCCAGAUUUGUCGCCUGCAACAGUAUCAGCGCCAUUAAGCGUUACCACAUUGCUAAAGUGUACAGAAGAGACCAGCCAGCUAUGACCAAGGGUAGAAUGAGAGAGUUCUACCAGUGUGAUUUCGAUAUGGCUGGUUCUUACGAUGUGAUGGUGCCAGACUCGGAAAUUUUGGCUAUCUUGUGUGAGGGUUUGACCUCUUUGGGUAUCAACGAUUUCAAGGUGAAGUUGAACCACAGAAAGAUCUUGGACGGUAUCUUCAAGGCCUGUGGUGUUCAGGAUGAGGACGUCAGAAAGAUUUCUUCUGCUGUUGACAAAUUGGAUAAGUCUCCAUGGGAAGCUGUCAAGAAGGAGAUGACCGUGGAGAAGGGUCAGUCUGAGGAGGUUGCCGAUAAGAUUGGUGAGUUCGUCAAGGUUAGCGGUUCUAUUCGUGAGACUUUGGAAUUCUUGUCUUCUUCUGAGCUCUUGAAGACCAACGAGAGCGCCCAGAAGGGUAUUGAGGAGAUGGCUGUUUUGGCUGACUACGCUGAGGCAUUUGGUAUUGCUGACUUCUUGUCGUUUGACUUGUCUCUUGCCAGAGGUUUGGACUACUACACUGGCUUGAUUUAUGAGGCUGUUACUGCUGCUUCUGCUCCACCAAAGAACGCCGAAGAGUUGAAGGCCAAGGCUAAGAAGCAGGAGACUGCCGAGGUUGAAGAUGCUUCUGAGUACGUUGGUGUUGGUUCUAUCGCUGCCGGUGGUCGUUACGACAACUUGGUUGGUAUGUUCUCCAACGGUAAGUCUAUCCCAUGUGUGGGUAUUUCUUUCGGUGUUGAGAGAAUUUUCUCUAUCAUCAAGGCUAGAGCUGCCAAGGAAUGGGAAUCUCUUUCUGCUUCUCAGACUGACGUUUACGUCAUGGCUUUCGGUGGUGGUCCAGACUGGACUGGUUUCUUGCCACAAAGAAUGGCCGUUGCCAAGCAGUUGUGGGAGGCUGGUAUCAGCAGUGAGUACGUUUACAAGGCCAAGGCCAACCCUAGAAAGCAGUUUGAUGCUGCCCAGAAGUCUGGUGCUAAAUUGGCUGUCAUUUUGGGUAAGGAAGAGUACCCAGACGGAAAGUUGAGAGUUAAGACUUUGGGCCAGGGUGACGACAGUAACGAAGGUGAGCUUGUUGAUGUUAAGGACAUUGUCAGCAUUGUCAAGGAGAAGUUGUCUUCGUACAACGGUGGUGAUGCUGACCUCUUGACUCGUUUGGUCAAGAACUUGUGA